AUGGCACCAGUGCAUCCAGAAGUCUUCAGCUUCACCUCUACCCUUCACCAUGACACCUACCCUGCCGUCGCAAAAGCUUCUCACAAGGGCCGAACGGUUUUCAUAACCGGUGCCUCCAAAGGGAUCGGGCGAGCAACAGCAAUCUCAUUCGCCAAAGCCGGCGCAGAAACAAUCAUCAUCGCCGCACGAAGUAGCCUAACAGAAGUCGAGACCGAAAUAAUUGCUGCUGCCAAGGAAGUUGGCGCAUCACCUCGCGUCAUCAAACUCGUCCUCGAAGUCACAGACGAAAAGAGCGUUGCAAAUGCCGCCGCCGAAAUACAAAGGACAGUCGGAAAAGUGGAUAUCCUCAUAAACAACGCGGGCUACCUCGAGAAAUGGCUUCCGAUUGCCGAAAGUGACCCAAUCGAAUGGUGGAAGACAUGGGAAAUCAAUCUCAAGGGUCUCUACCUCGUCACCCGCGCUAUUCUGCCCUUGGUCCUCCAAAGCGAAACGAAAACAAUCAUUAACCUCAGCUCUAUCGGCGCUCACUUGGUGAGUCGCGGUGCGUCUGGAUAUCAAAUCUCGAAACUAGCCGUGAUAAGAUUCACGGAGUUUAUUGUCGAGGAAUACGGCGAGCAAGGUGUCGUCGCUAUCUCUGUGCAUCCCGGUGGUGUCCUUACGGAUUUGGCGGCUAAUAUGCCGGAGUACAUGCAACAAGUACUUGUUGAUACUCCUGAGUUGGCGGGGGAUUCUCUUGCAUGGUUGACGCAGGAGAAGCAGCAGUGGCUGAAUGGGCGGUACCUUAGCGUGACUUGGGAUAUGCCAGAGUUGUUGGCGCGAAAGGAUGAGAUUGUGAAUGGUGACAAGUUGAAAGUGAGAUUGGCUAUCUAG